AUGCAUUAUCCACGUCAACAAGCAUUAUGUGAGCUCGCGAAUUUCGCAGAGCCAGAAUCUCAUUACACCGAUUUCACACUUGUUGACACAAAUCAUGAAGUUGCUAGACUGAUUCGGGUAUUUGCAAUGGGGUGGCGGCCGCCGUGUGUGCCGAGGCCUACAGCCUCAUAUCAAGGGGCGUCGUCUCAGCUGAAGACACUGGUCGGUGUUCACUUUGAUCCGAGUUUUGUAUUCCAGCAUUCUCUGACUGAAGUAGACAAGAUCAUUACAUCAGGUCUUGGCCCGCGUUGGGCAUUGCGCAGUCCUAUUAUGACCAAGACUCUUAGAGGCGGAGGAGACUUUAAUUAUUUCCUUGACCAUUUGGGACCGGCGUUCGAUUCAUGGCUAAGU